AUGCCUGAGGCAGAAAAAGCUCAGAAGCAACCUUCUGAGCUGCUGGGACAUCACCACCACUGUAACUGUACCAGGAACCACAGUCCCAUACCCACCGUGUUCGUUAAGGGGGAGACUGCUGUAGUGGAGUGGCUUGAAGAAAUUAGCACUGCACAGGGUGAUGAUAGACCAUUGGAUGUGGAGGGUGAGGAACUCGUGGCGUUUUUCAAAGAACGUUCAAAACAAAGAAAAACCGACAGCAUCAGUGAUAGUGAUAAUGUUAGUGUUAGCAUAAGCAGCAACAGCAGCAACAAUAACAACAAGAAGAAUACCAGGAUUCAAGGGUUCAGGGAAGAGUGGUAUCAAGAGCAUCAGGUAAAGGAAACUGGCGAAGAGGAAGAGGAAGAAGAGGAGGAAGUGAAUGAUGAUGAUGAUGAUGAUGAUGGUUGCAAUCCUUCUAUACGUGGUGCACAACUAUCGCUAGAGAGCCCCCCUGUUGCUAUUAUCAAUAAUACCCCUGUAACCGUUACUGUGAGGACCAAUACUGCUAUUCCUCUUUCCCAUCAUGGAAAGACAAUGUGUGAAUCAUUCUGUAGUGUUCCGCAAACAGGCAGUUCUUCUCAGCCCGGUGGUGCCACUGCAUCUCGGAAGAGUUGCAUUGGUGGUACAAUGAUACGAGUUCAUGAACACGGCAGUUGUUGUUGUCGUGGUGUAUUCCGCACUGCGACGGAUAUGAACAGCAGUGUUUGCAGUUCACGUGAUUUGUGGCUGUCGUCGCCGCCGCCUGCGGAGGUUCCCGUCGCGUUGUGUUUGACCCCCGCGGGCCGCUCCAUCAGCAGCGAGGCGGCGGCGACGACGAUGAUCUCCACAAAUGAGACGCUGCGGGGCGGCGGGAGUGAAUACACAACACCGCGGCGUCAACGCAUUCCGGCGAUGCACACACGUUUCGCAGUAGCGCCACCCGCCCCACACCACGAUAGGUGCCGCCGUGAUAUGGAGACGAUGAACCCCACUCAGCAUUUCCCUCAGAAUAAUAAUAAUAAUAAUAAUAAUAAUAAUAAUAAU